UUAUGUAAAUGAAAAUGUUGUUGUCAUUAUGAUACGUUUCGAUUAAUGAUUCGUUUCCACGCUUUUACUUCAAUAUUUUUCCACGGAUGCAGCAGAUAGUGCCAAUACUCCAGUGCCACUGAACAAUGUUACUACAGCUCCGUUUCCAUGGUAUCCAUGAAAUGGAAAACAUAACGAGCUACGAGGAUAGUGUUGGAAAAGAUUUUCUUUGCUCAUCAUUUACGGGUGAAGGUGCAUACGCAUUCGAAGUGACCAGCAAUGGCCGAAGAUAAUUCGUGGGUUUUUGAUUCGCUGGUAUGUUUCCUGCACGGUCCGGUCUGGAAUGCACCUUUGCAGACCUUCAUCGAGGAUAAGUCCAUCAUUUUCGAUCCUAAUCUGCUACCGGAUGAGAACAAUCCGGAAUUUCGCAAGGUGCACGAGGAGUACAAGAACUUGGUGGACUACAUGCUCGGUUCAUUUAUGGAAGAAAUGCAGAUUACUCCGGAGCAGUUUGAGUUUGCCUGUUUGGAGGGGCGUCAUGUGACCAACUUGGCGCCGCGGGCAACAUCGGCUGCCGGCGCUGGUGCAAUGUCCGAUGACCGGUCCAGCAGUAACACCUUCUCUUUCCACCAGGGGUUGUUUCAGCAAAUAUGGGCCGCGAAUGAUAUACGUAUCUUCAUCCGCAUGAUGGUACAACGAAACGUAGAACUUCAGUUGCAGGCACUCGACUUGAUAGAACGACGGUCGCAAAGUGCUGUAACCGCUGGCUCUUCAGUGCAAAGUGGAACAUCAUCGGUCGAGGAGUCCCCGGCAAAAGAAAAGUUGAAACUCGCGGACGAUGGCGAAGCGACUCAUUCCGAUGGUGAGGUGGAACGUGUUAUCAUGCAAUCGGUAGAAAAUGAGCUAAAAAUUCCGGAAACCGAACUGCCAGUGCUGCAGGAACCGGGUGCCGCUUCAUUGCCCGAUGUCGGAAAAGCAGAAAUUGAUAAGUUUCAACGAUUGAAUCUUUUUUUUGAUCAAGAGAAAAUCAAUGCAGAGGAUAUGAAAUCACGUCAGGAGUAUCUGCGGGCGCAGCGUGAUAAGAUUCUACAUAUCAAGAAGAAGGCACGGGCUCGUCAGCUGAAUGAAACGAUUCGCAAGAGUGACCGCCCAACCUCGGCACACGUGGCGCAAAAGAUACUGGAUGGUGAUACUGAGACAGUAUCCGUCGAUCCACCGGAAGGAUCGUUGCAUCUGCGGAAGAUGCUUGCCCAAAGGCUGAGAGAAGAGGUGGCUCGAGAAACAGAAUGA